GGUGUGUUUCUCUCUUACGCAUAUUAUACGCGCGUAUUCGUUUACGUUAACCUUAAAUCCAAUUACAGGUUAAAAAAUACCAUGAAGGGUCAAUGACCCGUUUCUUGGUUGAUAAUGGGAUAACAAUGUUGUUUGUAAUUAAUAUGCAGCUCAAGGUAUUCCCGGCUUAAAGUUUCGGCUUAGUUUUGGUGAAAAAUGUUUUUGAAGGAUGUGAGUUUAGAAAAAUGGUGAAGGCGUUUCGAACGCGAUAUGUGCUUGGAGGAUUGAUGUGCUUGGCUUUUUUCAUUUGUGGAGCCCGAGGACUUAUAGAAAUUGUUGAGGAGCAGCGAUGUCACGACUACGAGUUCCGACUGACUUGCCGGGAACUGGACACGCAUAUAGCGAUCCUCGAAGCGUGGUAUACCUCCGCCGACGACUACCAUCGCAUCUCGAACGAAACAAAAACGCGUGCGAGUUCGAUAAGAACCGAAAACGAUUCGGAACUCGAUCGAGUUUACAUUUAUUCUAGUCCAAAACACAAUGGCGUAUACGAAUUGACAAACCAUUCCAUAUUUGAAAAUGUUACCGCCAAUGUAAAUAGUUCGUUUGAGUUUGAUUCUAAGUUUUUAAAUGAUAGCUGGUUGAACGAUACUUUCGACAAUGUAGAUAUGACAGUUGAGUUUUUGAAUUCGAGUGAGGGGUGCGGUGUUGUGACGUACGCGCGAAGUUACGCGAGCUGGCACGAAGGAGACAAGCGCAGGCAGCCCGUCUCUAGAAUUUCGUCUAUAAAUCUGCGAGCUCCACUGAGUUAUCGAUGCACAGGAGUAAACCAUUGUAGCUUCGUGCUGUCGGAGGAUUAUCCUCCUUCCAGGAGCUGGUCUCCUGGUGUUGUAUAUUUAAAGUACGCCUGUUUUGAUGAUCUAUUAUCGAUUCACUAUUGCAAUCGUGAGGUGUAUAUAUCAGAGAGGGGCCCGGACAGCGAGGGGUAUAUCCGGACACCUGGCUACCCGCACUUCUAUGUCGGAGACGAGUGCCGGUGGAAACUUCGCGUGAAUCCCGAGCAAGUGAUCCGAAUAACUCUGUUAGAUGUUAGUUUGAGAAGUAUAGGACCGUUCGAAAAUGAGUGUACUGACUACGUGUCGGUCGAAGAUUCGAACGGUAAUGUUUUAUUGUCGACUUGCGAACAAGUCGACUUGCCUUCCCGCUUGACUUCCAUCACAGACACAGUGGAAAUUAUUGUUGAAGCUAGAUCUAAAGGCGCCUUUCCCAAGAGGGGCGUGUUGUUUCAUUAUAAAAGUAUAGGUUGUGUUACGUUACCAGCGCCAUCUAGCGGCUACUUAGUGUACCGAAACGAAGAUGUGGCGCACUACAUGUGCAAUGUCAACUUCGUCUUCGAAGACACGCUGCAGAGGGCGCGAGUUGUAUGGUGCUAUGAUGAUAAUAGGUGGAAUGAUACUCUACCUUCAUGUAUAGAAGAGGCGGCUUCAAAGGUCGCCGGGAACGAUUCUGCGCCGGAGAGUUCUGAUAAAGAUACAAAACUGCCGCACAACGAGGCCAACAUGAUAGUUGAUAUCGUGAUCCCGUCGCUGCUUAUAGCGGCGCUGUUCAUUGGGAACGCAUUCAUCGUGCUCAUCAUAUACAAGUACAGGAAACGAAAAACGGAAGACCUGGAGGACGAGUUUAACACAAUUCCGCUGAGCGCGAACGGAGUCCACAGCGCGGGAAACGCGGUCUAGAUGGCCAAGGAUGGUUACACACUAGCAAGAUUAGAAGACAUUUACAUUUAUUAUUGUAAUUAUUCAUAAUAUAAUUCGUUGAAAUGAAUGACUAACGAAAAAAAAACUUUAUUACUUUUUUCUUUUUAAAAAUUCGUUUGGAAAAAGAAAAACUAAACGUCAUGAGAUGAAGAAGGUUUUACUUUCAUCUGAAUGAAUCAUGGCAGAAGUUUGAAAAUUAUAUGAGAAAAAAAUGUACAUUUGAAUGUCAGUGAGUUGUAAAUAAUGGGAGUCGUCAAAACAUUUUGUUUCGUAUUCGGAUUUCACACAAAAGAGGUGGCUCCCGUUUCCGUUGUUUUUACGGUUAAAAGUUAUAGCGGAGAGUUUUGUGAAAAACUUUUAUUAUGCGAUGAGUUUUAUGUGUUCUGACUGUUUUUUUAACAGCUAAAUAAUACCAAAGAGAUUCUUACUAUGUAUAAUGUUGCUAGUGUGUAAAGUAUCCUUAGUAUUUCGUAUUAAAAAUUUGUCUGCGAAUGUACAGAAGAUGCACUCAAAUUAAAAAUAAUGAACUCUGUACAUUGACAGAUAGUUUUAAGUUGACUUAUUUAUUUUCAAAAUAUCUACAUUCUCUAAAAGCUCUAGAUGUCUAGACGAAGUGUUUUGUAAGUCAAUACAAAAUCAUUAAAAAAAAAAACAUUUACAAGCAAAAUAAACCCGCUUUAAUCCCUAUAAAUGAACGCACUGGUUCAUUAAAAUAAUACCGUUUCCCUUAGGGUAUGAUUACACGGAAUUAAAAUUCACACGGGAAUUAUUCAAGUACGUAGCUUCAAACAUGUGUCUGGAUUUAAAUGAGUAAAAGCUUGCUUUACAUUUUUUAAUUGAAUCAUAAAUAGUUUUAUAGUAAUAAAAUGCUUGUUAUAUCUCAGAUAAAAAAGUAAUUUAUUUAGUUUCAAAAUUAAUCCUUAAGUUCUACUAAGAAUAUGACGUAGCGUACAUAAUUUGAGGCUGAAAUGACACAUUUUUACAGAAUAAUUUUGCAAUAAAAGCAUUAUAUCCACUCUGUAUGAAGCUACUGCUAAAUCUGCGUUUCCAUUGCAGCGAAUUGGCAUUUUGAGUUGUCAACACGUUGGUAACAGAAAUAGUCAACUAAAAUUAUAACAAUGUGUUUUUCAAGUUGCAAAUGCAGAAAUUGCCAUUUGACGGAGACGCAGUAUAACAUCUCGUCAAGUGUGAUCUAGCCUUAAUCGUAGAUGACUAGAUACUAAGUAAGGACUGAUAAUAAUAUUGAACACUCGAUAAAAUGCAAUUUUCAUUUCGCACAUAAUACACUGCCUAUUUUAAAUGUUACGUCAAUUAUCGGUUAUGUUUUUAGAUGUUUAACUUUCUUUUUUUUAAUCGAAAUUAUCAAUGUUUUUGUAUUCGGCAAAAUCUGUAUAGAACCUGUAAUGAAUAAAGGCACUCUCUAUAUA